GCGCUCUGGGCCACAGGUGACUCGACGAAUCGCCGUAAUUGGCAAUCGAUAGCAAUGGCGCGCGGUAGGGUCUCGCGCGCGGUGGCGCGACUGUUGCGGCCUUUUCACCGUCGAGACAGCAAAGCGGCGGCCGACGACACGUCCUCGAAGCGCCAGCGCGGCUCCAUUUCGUCAACAACCAACACUUCGUCAACAUGCUCUACGUCCUCGUCGUCUUCACGCAAUAGCAGUGGCUUCCGAGGUGCAACGAGCGCGCGCGUCUUCCCGCUCAAGAGCGACGGCGACAGCAUCCCACACACGGUUCUCAUGCCUCCCGCCUUCUUCCGGCAGUUGCGCGCACUCGUGGAGCAGACGAACGCACUGACCACAGGAGAGUAUCGCGCGAGCCAAAAGGACCCGGAGCCCUCGCUAAACACCUCUAGAACCUCGAUUCGCUGGAGAGGAGACUUCACCACCAAGACACUCGAUAAGCUUGUCAGUAUCCUUACAGAGGAUGACACAGAUGGCUUUGGUAGCGCCAUUGGCAGGCGCUCGGCAAAGCCAAUUCCUUUAGAAGCUGCUGCUAAGGCCAUGCUACAGCUGUGGAAAUGCUGCAUGCAGAUCCUGGACGUGCUAGCGGAUGGCGCAGCUCCUGAACCAUCGCUACGACAUACGAUGGCUCACUCGAGAGACGUUGCCAUCGCAGCUGCAAACGAGAAGAAGCACCUACUAGAGCAGGCAGCAUUGACGCUGCUGGCCUUGGUGAUCAGGAGACAAGAGUUCGAUGCUCUGUUGGUUGCCGUUGGUCACGGAGGCUGCAAGAGCCACAAACCAACAGAAGAAGCGAGACACGGGAAGUCUCGGCUGUCAAGACGACUCUCUCGCCAAUCGCGUCGAUCACGCAGCCGCGGACAAGACCGAUAUGUGCGACUCUGUGACUCUGUCCACCACUUCUUAGAGUUGCACCAGUCGACACUACAAUUCGCCUUUGAGACGGUGCAUGGUCCAAUCGAUUUCAGUGGCAGCAACACGGAGUUCAACGCGCUCGAUCAGCAUCAAGAACUCUUAUCUGCUCUCGUAGCCACGAGCUACAUGCGUGUGCCGCGACUACGCAGCCACAUUCUUGACAGCCUGAGUAACCUCGUUCCAUCGACUGCUUUUAGCAGCACGCGAUCGAUUGCCAAAACCUUCUAA